AUGAACCCAGUGCGCUCCGUCCAGAGUAUCUCAACUGUCUAUAGAUAUAUCAAAAAGUGGUCAACUGAUGAAAUGUACAAAAUGUUUUAAUGAGCAUUUUUUGUUGACUACUUAUCUCCACUCGCAGUUGAGAUAUGACCGCUGAAUGAAGGAGUGGCCGCGAUUUUCAUCCAACGCAAGUCGAAGGCGCAGAGUAUCUACGCGACCGUACUUCAUGCAAAGUCGAACACCGAUGGGUACAAGGAACAGGGCAUCACGUUCCCGUCUGGCGAGAGACAAGCUCAGCUGCUGCAGGAGGUGUACUCGGAGGCCGGAGUCGAUCCGAACUCGGUCUACUGCGUGGAGACGCACGGAACCGGAACGAAGAUCGGCGAUCCGCAAGAGGCCAACUCCAUCUGCCAAGUGUUCAGUUCCAAAAGAACCGAUCCCCUGCUCGUCGGAUCCGUCAAGUCGAACAUGGGAUACGCGGAGCCGGCGUCCGGAGUUUGCUCUCUUGCAAAGAUCCUCUUGUCAAUUGAGAGACAAAGAAUCCCGCCAAACUUGCACUACAGCACUCCGAACCAGUACAUCCCCGGAUUGGUGGACGGGCGGUUGAAGGUGGUCACGGAGCCGACACCACUGCCGGGAGGCAUCAUCGAAGUCAACUCGUUCGGAUUCGGAGGAUCCAACACUCACGUCAUUCUGAAGGCGGCCGAUCAUGAGGCGCCGGAGAUCACUUCACCACCAUUCACCAAGAUUGUCACGUUAGUUCGCACUUCUUGUUGAGUCGAAUUCAUAGUAUUUCAUUUCAGUUACGGAAGAACCCAAGAAGCCAUCGAGAGCAUUCUUUCGAACGUUGAAGCUCAAAAAGAACGACUUGUACCUGCAAGCUCUGCAGGCGAUUCAGACGAAUUUGCCGCCAAAGGACCUUCCGUUCCGUGGCUACAUGCUGCUGAACCGCGAGAACAAUCAGGAGACGUUGAAGAGUGUUUCAAAGAUUCCGAUCACCGAGCCACGUCCAAUCUACCGUAAAAACUGUAUUAUAACGGCACCUGUAAUAGAACGGCACCUGUAUUAUAACGGCACCCCCAGACAUCUAUUUAGAAGCGGAAAAUUCAGAAGCAGUUAUUCUUGUUGUUAUAAUUUUCUGUAAAAAAGGUGGAACUCUAUUCCGAAAAAUAUAACGGCACCCUGUAAUAUAACGGCACCCCCAGACAUCAUUCGAAAAAUAUAACGGCAUGCCGUUAUAAUACAGUUUUUACGGUAUUUCAUCUACUCGGGAAUGGGAUCACAGCGGCCGGGCAUGGCCUUCAAACUGAUGAAGAUUCCGCUUUUCGACGAAUCGCUUCGCCCCUCCAGCAAAAACUUUGGAUGAGUACGGACUGAACGUGUACGGAAUGUUGUGCAAUCCGGACCCGGAGCAGUAUAGCAGCAACACGCUCAACUGCAUGCUCGCGAUCACCGCCAUCCAAAUCGCUCUGACCGACACACUGUUCGCACUCGGAGUCACGCCCGACGGAAUCAUCGGACACUCGAGCGGAGAGAUGGGAUGCAGGUACGCGGACGGAGGAAUCACGCGCGAGCAGACGAUGCGACUCGCCUACCAUCGCGGAACGACCAUCAUGAAGCACACUGAGAUCAAGGGAGCGAUGGCGGAUCAUAGCUUUCACAAAAUAACUUGUUUGGAGUAA